UUUUUUUUUUUAUUUUUUUCUCAUGAAAUCUUGGAGUAGCUUACCUUCCGAAUUAUUACAAAACAUUCUUCACUUUUUGACGACAAAAGAUGUUCUUCAGUGUCAACUUGUUUGCCAUAACUGGACAAAAACGGCUCAACAAAUCAUAUAUAGAGAUGUUAGAUUGGAGAGUGAAGCUCAGGUAGCUUUGUUUAUCAAGACGAUAUCCUGUUUAGACUUGUCCUUUGGGAACUAUCUUAGAAAACUGUACAUUCAUUACAACUACCAAGACAACGAAUCAAAUAACACGUUUGAAUAUCUUACCAAGUACUGUCCCUACCUUGAAGACUUGGAGUUAACUACCACCAAUGAAAUGUAUUGGAAAAGAAUAAAACAAGAACAAGAGAAAGGAACUUGGCCUUAUUUAAACACACUCCAAUGCCCCUCAUCCAAAGCAGAGUUCAAGUCGUAUUAUGAAACAAUUACAGCCAUGUGUGUCACCAUGAAAUCUAUUAUGUUGUGCGAUUAUUUCUUUUUCCAAUAUUCAGCAGAGAGCGUCAAACAAUUCAGACGCGCAGAAAAACUUGCAUUUAUCCGAUCAAGUGAACUUUCGUUACAAGAGCUGAAUACUGUCAUUGAUGCCUUACCGUCAUUGACGACACUGGUUCUCAAGCUGUAUUCUCCCAUGUCAGCACAACCUUUAGAACGAUACGAUAUGUCAGCCGUCUUGCCAUGCUCGAAUUUAACUCGACUUGAUGCUUUUAUUUUUCUCGGUUCAGAAAAUGCGUUCCUGUACAUCAUGAACAAGUUCCCUGGUUUAAAGCGCUUGGAUGUGAAUUACCCUAAUGCACCGUUAAUAUCGCCCAUGUAUCCAGCUUUUAGCUUAUCGAUUAUUGAGCGACUGGCAGACUAUUUGAAUGGAUUAGAGAGUUUUCAUAUCAGACAAAUCAGCUUUGAAAACAUGGCAGACUUUGUGCUUGUGGCAGCGAAAAAGAUGUGCAAAAAAAGGCUGCAGGUGGAUAUCGCUAUUGACAUACAAUCUAACCAAAUCAAGCUGACCAAUCUUGACAUAUCUUGUAAACACAAAGAUCAAGCAGGUGAACCAAGCAUGAAUCUACUUGUAAGAAACAAGAACCGUGUGCUUCCUCUCUCAACAGUCCUUGAUAAAUUUGGUACGCUGAUAAAGAACUUGACAAUUUACAACCGGGGUGCACCUUCCAUCUUCUUUGUUGAAAAAGGAACCAACCAUCUAUGUAUUCCACACAGACAUUAUCUUAGUGACAUUUUUGAGGGAUGUCCCAACAUGACAGAACUAAAGCUCAGUGAAGCCAGGCUAAUAGGAUCUGAUCUCAAAGACACAAUCGUUACUUCUGUACAUACCCUUAUUUUAAACAAAUGUGUUUAUUCUCCCUCCGUCUUGCGACAGCUAUCGACUCAAUUGGCCUUUUUGAAAAAGAUGGAAGUCUCUUGUUCAGAAAUCAUUGAUCCAAACACAUUGUUGCCUUUAUCUACAGCUUCGCAUUUCUUUUUCGAUAUGCCAUACACCUCGUUUGAUACGUUUGAGUUUACCAGACUCAGUGUUCAUGCAAAACACAAGUACAUAUUCUUAAAACUCUCGACAGUUCAUGGCGAAUCUUUUCACAAGUUCAACAAGAAGGAUGGAUUUUCAGCUACAGAACAGGAAUAUGAACAAUCAAUCGGUAAUCAUUCAGUCCAUACGCUUCAUAUCGUAUGCAAAGAGAUUAAAUAUGUACAGCUGUCUGAUUUUGGACACCAUGUUUAUCAUAAAGUUGUGCAAUAAAUCAUCUUAUUCAAUAUAAUAUGCGAGAAAUUUAUGCAAAAUAGAAAAAAAAAACCAUAAAUUAAAAACCAAUUUACGCUUCAG